GGCGGCAGCGGCUGGAGUGAGUGUCUGGCUCGCCGCGCCGAGCGAGGUCCCGGCGUAGGGCCGCGCGCCGGGGCCGCGUCCUGCUCCUUAGGCCGGGGGACGCGCCGGCUCCCACGCUCUGCCAGCUCCCGGUGGUUUCCUAGAAACAUGAUUGUUGGACUUGAUCUCACAGCCCAGUGAGGACUCCUUUACUGAUAAUGUCAAGUUCAGGUUAUCCUCCCAACCAAGGAGCAUUCAGCACAGAACAAAGUCGUUAUCCUCCCCACUCUGUCCAAUACACCUUUCCCAGCACUCGCCACCAGCAGGAGUUUGCAGUCCCUGACUAUCGCUCUUCUCAUCUUGAAGUUAGUCAGGCAUCACAGCUCUUGCAGCAACAGCAACAACAGCAGCUUCGAAGACGACCUUCCUUACUUUCAGAAUUUCACCCAGGGUCUGACAGGCCUCAAGAGAGGAGAACUGGAUAUGAACAGUUUCACCCAGGCCCAUCCACAGUGGAUCAUGAUUCACUGGAAUCCAAGCGACCACGUCUGGAGCAGGUUUCUGAUUCCCAUUUUCAGCGUGUCAGUGCUGCGGUUUUACCUUUAGUGCACACGCUGCCAGAAGGAUUGAGGUCUUCUGCAGAUGCUAAGAAGGAUCCAGCAUUUGGAGGCAAACAUGAAGCUCCAUCUUCUCCAAUCUCUGGGCAACCAUGUGGAGAUGAUCAAAAUGCUUCACCUUCCAAGCUUUCAAAAGAAGAGUUAAUACAGAGUAUGGAUCGUGUAGAUAGAGAAAUUGCGAAAGUAGAACAGCAGAUCCUUAAACUGAAAAAGAAACAACAACAGCUCGAAGAAGAAGCAGCUAAACCUCCUGAGCCUGAAAAGCCUGUGUCCCCUCCUCCUGUGGAACAGAAACACCGCAGUAUUGUCCAAAUUAUUUACGAUGAGAAUCGGAAAAAAGCAGAAGAAGCUCAUAAAAUUUUUGAAGGUCUUGGCCCAAAAGUUGAACUGCCACUCUAUAACCAGCCAUCAGAUACAAAGGUGUACCAUGAGAACAUCAAGACUGGAGUACCUGCAAGGCGCAUGAUGAAAAACCAGGUGAUGAGGAAAAAACUCAUUUUAUUUUUUAAAAGAAGAAAUCAUGCAAGAAAACAAAGGGAACAAAAAAUCUGCCAACGUUAUGAUCAGCUCAUGGAAGCAUGGGAGAAAAAAGUGGACAGAAUAGAAAACAAUCCCCGGAGGAAAGCUAAAGAAAGCAAAACAAGAGAGUACUAUGAAAAGCAGUUUCCAGAAAUUCGAAAACAGAGAGAACAGCAAGAAAGAUUUCAGCGAGUUGGGCAGAGGGGCGCUGGUCUUUCAGCCACCAUUGCUAGGAGUGAACAUGAGAUUUCUGAAAUUAUUGAUGGUCUCUCUGAGCAAGAGAAUAAUGAGAAACAAAUGCGGCAGCUCUCUGUGAUCCCACCUAUGAUGUUUGAUGCAGAGCAAAGACGGGUCAAGUUCAUUAACAUGAAUGGGCUUAUGGAGGACCCUAUGAAGGUUUAUAAAGAUAGGCAAUUUAUGAAUGUUUGGACUGACCACGAGAAGGAGAUCUUUAAGGACAAGUUUAUCCAGCAUCCAAAAAACUUUGGACUAAUUGCAUCCUACUUGGAAAGGAAGAGUGUUCCUGAUUGUGUUUUAUAUUACUAUUUAACCAAGAAAAAUGAGAAUUACAAAGCCCUAGUGAGAAGGAAUUAUGGAAAACGCAGAGGCAGAAAUCAGCAGCAAAUUGCCCGACCCUCACAAGAAGAAAAAGUAGAAGAAAAAGAAGAGGAUAAAGCAGAAAAAACAGAAAAAAAAGAAGAAGAAAAGAAAGAUGAAGAGGAAAAGGAUGAGAAGGAGGACUCUAAAGAAAAUACCAAGGAAAAGGAUAAGAUGGAAGCUACAACAGAAGAAACUGAGGAGAGAGAACAGUCCACGCCUAGGGGGCGAAAAACUGCCAACAGUCAAGGCCGCCGGAAGGGGCGAAUCACCAGGUCCAUGACAAAUGAAGCGGCAGCUGCCAGUGCCGCAGCUGCAGCUGCCACUGAAGAGCCUCCACCACCUCUGCCACCACCACCAGAACCUGUUUCCACAGAGCCUGUGGAGACCUCUCGAUGGACAGAAGAAGAAAUGGAAGUGGCUAAAAAAGGCCUAGUAGAACAUGGCCGUAACUGGGCAGCAAUUGCCAAAAUGGUGGGAACUAAAAGUGAAGCUCAGUGUAAAAACUUCUAUUUUAACUAUAAAAGACGACACAAUCUCGACAACCUCUUGCAACAGCAUAAACAGAAAGCUUCACGAAAACCUCGUGAAGAACGUGAUGUGUCUCAGUGUGAAAGUGUUGCUUCCACCGUUUCUGCUCAGGAAGAUGAAGAUAUUGAAGCUUCCAAUGAAGAAGAAAAUCCUGAAGAUAGUGAAGGUGCUGAAAAUAGUUCUGAUACAGAAAGUGCUCCUUCUCCUUCACCAGUUGAAGCUGUCAAGCCCAGCGAAGACAGCAGUGAAAAUGCUGCUUCUCGAGGAAAUCCCGAACCCAUGGCUGAUGUGGACUCCACUACAGAAACGGCACCGGUUGCAUCUCCUUCCUCAGCAGUUCCAAGUACAAAACCAGCUGAAAAUGAAAGUGUGGAGACCAAGGUGAAUGACAACAUCAGUGUUGAGACAGCAGAGCCAAUGGAUGUAGACCAUCAGGAGCACAGUGCUGAAGCAGGUUCUGUUCUUGAUCCCCCAACCACUACCAAAGCAGACACGGUGGAUGUUGAAAUGAGGGUGCCUGAAAACAGUGCAUCUAAAGGUGAUGGAGAUACCAAAGAAAGAGACUUGGAGAGAGCCAGUGAGAAGACAGAGCCUAGAGAUGAGGAUUUGGUGGUGGCUCAGCAGAUAAAUGUCCAAAGACCAGAGCCCCAGUCAGAUAAUGAUUCCAGUGCAACAUGCAGUGCUGAUGAAGAUGUGGAUGGAGACCCCGAGAGGCAGAGAAUGUUUCCUAUGGACACAAAGCCUUCAUUAUUAAACCCCACUGGAUCUAUACUAGUCUCAUCCCCAAUAAAACCAAAUCCAUUGGAUCUGCCACAGCUUCAGCAUCGAGCUGCUGUUAUACCACCAAUGGUUUCUUGCACCCCUUGUAAUAUACCACUUGGAACCCCUGUGAGUGGCUAUGCUCUCUACCAGCGACACAUCAAGGCAAUGCAUGAAUCAGCACUCCUGGAGGAACAGCGGCAGAGGCAAGAACAAAUAGAUUUGGAAUGUAGAAGUUCUACAAGUCCAUGUGGCACUUCCAAGAGUCCAAAUAGAGAAUGGGAAGGAAAAUCAGUCGCCUAUAUGCCUUAUGCUGAGGUCAAACGUGCUCUAGAACAGGAAGCACAGAUGCACAGUACCGCAGCAAGGUCAGCCUCACCGUGUAGGCUCUCUCCAAGAGAAGUCAGUAAAGCCGCUCCACGGCCCGAUAUGAGUACAGCCCGCUAUAGUGUCCCGCCAGUUCUUCAACCUGCUCCACAUCAAGUGAUAACUAAUCUCCCUGAAGGGGGUCGACUUCCAACAACUCGACCAACCAGGCCACCACCACCUCUUAUCCCAUCAUCCAAAACCACAAUGGCUUCAGAAAAACCAUCUUUUAUAAUGGGAGGCUCUAUCUCACAGGGCACGCCUGGCACUUACAUGACUUCUCAUAAUCAGGCUUCCUAUACUCAAGAAACGGCUAAGCCCUCUGUGGGGUCUAUCUCUCUUGGACUGCCAAGACAGCAGGAAUCCACCAAAUCAGCUACUUUGCCCUAUAUCAAGCAGGAAGAAUUUUCUCCCCGGAGCCAAAAUUCACAGCCUGAGGGUUUAUUGGUCAGGGCCCAACAUGAAGGCGUGGUCAGAGGUACCACAGGAGCUAUCCAAGAAGGAAGUAUAACUCGAGGAACUCCAACCAGCAAAAUUUCAGUGGAGAGUAUCCCUUCUCUACGUGGCUCUAUCACUCAGGGGACCCCAGCUCUGUCCCAGGCUGGCAUACCAACUGAGACUUUGGUGAAGGGGUCCAUUUCUCGGAUACCCAUUGAAGAGAGCAGUCCUGAGAAAGGCAGAGAAGAAGCUGCAUCCAAAGGCCAUGUUAUUUAUGAAGGCAAAAGUGGACACAUUUUAUCAUAUGAUAGUAAGUAUGAUAUUAAGAAUGCCAGAGAAGGAACCAGGAGUCCAAGAACAGCACACGAAGUCAGUUUAAAAAGAAGCUAUGACUCAGUGGAAGGGAAUAUAAAACAAGGGAUGUCAAUGAGGGAGUCUCCUGUAUCAGCACCAUUAGAGGGACUAAUAUGCCGAGCAUUACCCAGGGGGAGUCCUCAUUCUGACCUCAAAGAAAGAACUGUGCUGUCUGGCUCUAUAAUGCAGGGCACACCAAGGGCAACAACUGAAAGCUUUGAAGAUGGCCUUAAGUAUCCCAAACAGAUUAAAAGGGAAAGUCCUCCGAUACGAGCAUUUGAGGGUGCCAUUACCAAAGGAAAACCAUAUGAUGGCAUCACCACCAUCAAAGAAAUGGGGCGUUCCAUUCAUGAGAUUCCACGGCAAGAUAUUCUAACUCAGGAAAGCCGAAAAACUCCAGAAGUGGUCCAGAGCACAAGGCCAAUAAUUGAGGGUUCCAUCUCCCAGGGCACACCAAUAAAGUUUGACAGCAACUCAGGUCAAUCUGCCAUCAAACACAAUGUCAAAUCCUUAAUAACGGGGCCUAGCAAACUACCCCGUGGAUUGCCUGCACUGGAAAUUGUACCAGAGAAUAUAAAAGUGGUGGAAAGGGGAAAAUAUGAAGAUGUGAAAGCAGGUGAGCCAGUGCGUUCCCGGCACACGUCGGUGGUGAGCUCCGGCCCCUCCGUUCUCAGGUCCACACUUCAUGAAGCUCCAAAAGCACAGCUGAGCCCGGGAAUUUACGAUGACUCCAGUGCUCGGAGGACCCCUGUGAGUUAUCAGAACACCAUGUCCAGAGGCUCGCCUAUGAUGAACAGAACUUCUGAAGUUACGAUCUCUUCUAGCAAGUCUGCCAAUCAUGAAAGGAAGUCAACACUGACCCCUACCCAAAGGGAAAGUAUACCAGCUAAGUCUCCAGUGCCUGGGGUAGAUCCUGUUGUGAGCCACAGCCCAUUUGACCCUCAUCACCGGAGCAGCGCCGCAGGGGAAGUUUAUCGGAGCCACCUUUCCACACACCUGGAUCCAGCCAUGCCUUUUCACAGGGCUCUGGAUCCUGCAGCUGCUGCUUACCUGUUUCAGAGACAGCUUUCACCAACUCCAGGCUACCCAAGUCAGUAUCAGCUUUAUGCAAUGGAAAACACAAGGCAGACAAUCCUAAAUGAUUACAUUACCUCACAGCAGAUGCAAGUGAACUUGCGCCCAGAUGUAGCCAGAGGACUCUCCCCAAGAGAGCAACCACUGGGUCUCCCAUACCCAGCCACAAGAGGAAUCAUUGAUCUGACCAAUAUGCCUCCAACGAUAUUAGUGCCUCAUCCAGGGGGAACAAGCACUCCUCCCAUGGACAGAAUCACUUAUAUUCCUGGUACACAGAUUACUUUCCCUCCCAGGCCAUACAAUUCUGCUUCUAUGUCUCCAGGACACCCAACACAUCUUGCAGCAGCAGCAAGUGCAGAGAGGGAGCGGGAGAGGGAGAGGGAACGGGAGAAGGAGAGGGAGCGCGAACGGGAGCGGGAGCGGAUUACUGCAGCUUCCUCUGACCUCUACUUGCGACCAGGCUCAGAACAGCCUGGCAGACCUGGUAGUCAUGGAUAUGUUCGCUCCCCGUCCCCUUCAGUAAGAACUCAGGAGCCCAUGUUGCAGCAAAGACCCAGUGUUUUCCAGGGAACCAAUGGAACCAGUGUAAUCACACCUUUGGAUCCAACUGCUCAGCUACGAAUCAUGCCACUGCCUGCUGGGGGCCCUUCAAUAAGCCAAGGCCUGCCAGCCUCCCGCUACAACACUGCUGCGGAUGCCCUGGCUGCUCUUGUGGAUGCUGCAGCUUCUGCACCCCAGAUGGAUGUUUCCAAAACAAAAGAGAGUAAGCAUGAAGCUGCCAGGUUAGAAGAAAAUUUGAGAAGCAGGUCAGCAGCAGUUAGUGAACAGCAGCAGCUAGAGCAGAAAACCCUGGAGGUGGAGAAGAGAUCUGUUCAAUGUCUGUACACUUCUUCAGCCUUUCCAAGUGGCAAGCCCCAGCCUCAUGCUUCAGUAGUGUAUUCUGAGGCUGGGAAAGAUAAAGGGCCUCCUCCAAAAUCCAGAUAUGAGGAAGAGCUAAGAACCCGAGGGAAGACUACCAUUACUGCAGCUAACUUCAUAGACGUGAUCAUCACCCGGCAAAUUGCCUCGGACAAGGAUGCAAGGGAACGUGGCUCUCAAAGUUCAGACUCUUCUAGUAGCUUAUCUUCUCACAGAUAUGAAACACCUAGUGAUGCUAUAGAAGUCAUAAGUCCUGCCAGCUCACCUGCACCACCCCAGGAAAAACUGCAGGCCUAUCAACCAGAGAUUGUUAAGGCAAAUCAAACAGAAACCGAUCCCACCAGACAGUAUGAAGGACCACUGCAUCACUAUCGACCCCAGCAGGAAUCACCAUCUCCACAACAGCAGCUGCCUCCUUCUUCACAAGGAGAGGGGAUGGGCCAAGUGCCUAGGACCCAUCGGCUAAUCACACUUGCUGAUCACAUCUGUCAAAUUAUCACACAAGAUUUUGCUAGAAAUCAAGUUUCCUCACAGCCUCCCCAGCAGCCUCCAACUUCUACAUUCCAGAAUUCACCAUCUGCUUUGGCGGCUACAACUGUGAGGACUAAAACCUCAAGUCGCUAUAGCCCAGAAUCCCAGUCUCAAUCUGUCCUUCAUCAAAGACCAGGCUCUAGAGUCUCUCCAGAAAAUCUUGUGGACAAAUCCCGGGGAAGCAGACCUGGGAAAUCUCCAGAGAGAAGUCACGUCCCUUCAGAGCCCUAUGAGCCCAUCUCCCCACCCCAGGUUCCAGUUGUGCAUGAGAAACAGGACAACAUGUUGCUGUUAUCUCAGAGGGGCUCGGAGCCUACAGAGCAGAGAAAUGAUUCCCGCUCACCAGGGAGUAUAAGCUACUUGCCUUCAUUCUUCACCAAGCUUGAAAAUACAUCACCCAUGGUUAAAUCAAAGAAGCAGGAGAUUUUUCGUAAGUUGAACUCUUCUGGUGGAGGUGACUCUGAUAUGGAUGAGAAAACUGAGACUCAGAGAGGUUUAAUAACGGGCGCAGGUUACAUAACUACAGCUGCUCAGCCAGGAACUGAGAUCUUCAAUCUGCCAGCAGUUACUACAUCAGGCUCAGUUAGCUCUAGAAGUCAUUCUUUUGCUGAUCCUGCGAGUAAUCUUGGUCUAGAAGAUAUUAUAAGGAAGGCUCUCAUGGGAAGCUUUGAUGACAAAGUUGAGGAUCAUGGAGUUGUCAUGCCCCAGCCUGUGGGAGUAGUGCCUGGUAGUGCCAGCACCUCAGUUGUGACCAGCAAUGAGACCAGGAGAGAUGAAGGAGACCCAUCACCUCACUCGGCAGGAGUUUGCAAACCAAAGCUGAUGAGCAAGUCAAACAGCAGAAAGUCUAAAUCUCCUAUCCCUGGGCAAGGAUAUUUAGGAACUGAACGGCCCUCAUCAGUAUCCUCUGUACAUUCAGAAGGUGAUUACCAUAGACAGACACCAGGCUGGGCCUGGGAAGACAGGCCCUCCUCGACAGGCUCAACUCAGUUUCCUUAUAACCCUCUGACUAUGCGGAUGCUCAGCAGUACACCACCAACAUCCAUUGCAUGUGCUCCCUCUGCUGUGAACCAAGCAGCUCCUCACCAACAGAACCGGAUCUGGGAGCGAGAGCCAGCCCCUCUGCUCUCUGCACAAUAUGAGACUCUAUCCGAUAGUGAUGACUGAACUGCACAGGGAAGGAAUGGGAAGCAGGGAAUGGGCACAGAGGAGGGAGCUUUAGUUUUUUGGUAAUUUUAUUUUCAGUUGCAGGUCAAAAACCUGCCCUCCCAUAACUUGUGCCCAGAGACUUCAGGAGAGCCAGGGCCACAGAUGAAGAAAAAAUGAUGGAAAUUCAUUUGGAAAAUCAAAUGGGGGUGGGGGGAACUGCCUCUGAUACAGGCUAUUCAGUGGAUUCUAAUAAUAGUGGAGGGUUGAAAUGUAGUUUCAAAAGUGGACAAUUUCUGUUCUUACAUCUGUUUAUAAAGAAAAUCAUAAUGUCUUUAAAUCACUCUUAUGUAAAUAGAUGACCUUUUUGCAGUGUAUCCCCUUGCUGUAGUAUCUGGUGUACUUAUGUUCAAAUCAGCGCAUCAACGUUGGGGGUAAUUUUUUAAAAUCUUUUUUGUCUAUCUUUUUAACCCUAGCCUUCUAAACAAACCUCAUACAGCCCAGUUAUAAUGUUGGCUGUCACGGGCAUUGUACUUUUAUCUGAUUUUGUUCUCUCUAAAUUCAGCUUCCCAGUGAUGUUUAAAAUUUUGUGAAAAUGUUUAGAUUUUUAACAGAGACCCUGUCAUAAAAUCUAUACAUUAGGGUCAAAAGGUAGGAGCAACAGAAUUCUGCCAUACUGUAAUUUCCAAUGCAGGCUUUAAAUUUUUUUUCCACUAGUAGCACUGAAAAAAAUAUUACUGCAUGGAUAUGUUAUAGUUCAGUUUUUAAAGUUUUAAAGGCUUAUUUGAGGCAUACCUCACUGUUAUGCACACUGGUAAUUUAACCAUGCCCCUAAGUAUUCCUUUUCUUCUGCAUUUGAUGCAGUCCAACAAAGCUUUUGUUUUGAAAUAAAUUUGACUACCCUGUCCAUAGCUACAGAUUAUUUGUUAUUUAAGGCUCUGUUGUCUCAGGUUUCAAAGGAAAAACUUACACAUUUUUCUUAGUUUGAUAUAUGAUUGGUUGAGAUAAAAUUAGAUAAUGAUCUGUGUAUGAUCAUCUGUGUAUUAUCUCAUUCUCUUUUGUGCUGCAUCCUGAACAAGUGUCAUGGUGAACACACAGUCCUUUUCCAUCUCUACAUGUCACCAUCUACAUUGUUUCCUUGGGAAAUAAUUUACUAUCAUUCUUCAUUUCACAGAUUCAAGGUACAAAUAAUUUAAAAGACUAAGUCCUAAUUAUACUGAAGGGUCAGUUUUAUCCAUCAUUAAGAAUUGCUUUUAAAAUUUUUUCCAUACAAUUUAAUCACAGCAUUUAAGCAUUUUUCCAUAGCAUAUAAAUACUAAUGGUUUGGGGGAAAUGCUACUGAUAACUGGAAGGAAGUCUCAGAAUGAGUAAUUAGCAUUUUAUAGACUUUCAAGUAAACCUAAGAUAAAUCUUUUCAAGCCUCUUAGGUAAAUGGGUCUAUGAUUAACUGCUGAGACCCUCCUAUCACCUGUUUUACAGACAUAGGCCCAUAUCGUUCAAUAAGUGACAAACAGGCUCUAACCCAUGUAUGUCUGCAAUCAAAACCUUUACACCUGUCAGUCCCCACUUUUCUUCGUCCUCAAAAUAAACUUUAGCUCAGGCUUAGUGGUCGGAGUUCUUAUUACUUACAAAGUUGAAGCCUUUAUAAUAAUAAUCAAACAUAAUUUUAACGUGAAUGGAAAAUAACUAAAUGUUCUAAUGAAUGUUUUCUGCUUAAAGGUUUUUUUCUUUUUCAGGUACUGAUAAUAUUUUUGAACUUUGUUGCCAACUGACCCAAACAGAUCAUGAUAUUUUUCUAUGAUCCUGAGGGUCUUAAGCUAUCUAUCCCAAGUCAGGUUAGUUUCUGAGAACCUACUGGAUCAGAGCCUAACUUGUCACUUUUGCAGUUCCAUUCAAGUACCCCAAGGUGAGCUGCCACUAACACCAUCCUCAUCCCAACACAUUUAUGUAAUGCUCCAUCUACCAUCACCUGGAGAAGAGAUUUUAGAAUGGAAGAUAAAAAUCCAUCAUUUUUUAAGUCAAAAACAAUAAAAAGAAGAAUUCUCAUACAGCUUACCUACAAAGCAAAUUAUUUAAGAGGGGCAGAGGUACAUCUUACCAUGAUGUAAAUCUCAAGCACAGCAUUUGAGAAUGACUGAUAACUUGCUGAAGUUAGGUGCAAACCAAGGCAUAUAACAUCUUGGCAGGCUGAGAUUUAAAAUCAUCCUUACAACUUGAUUUUUAGCACUCAGAACAUAAUCAAGGUCUUCCAAUACUGUUGAUAGAAGUAUUUUCACAAUUUUCCAUUUUAUGUUUAUAGUUGGAUAUUUCACAAUACAAUUUUGGUAUGUUGAUUAUAUUUUGGAUAUAUUUAUGCCCUGAAAAUUCCAGUGACAUAAGACACAGUACAGUUCAAAAUUUCAAACUACACUAUUUUAAACAUUUACAUUUAAAUUCAAACCAAUCAGUAAAGGAGGUCGGUCCUUUUCUUGCUUCACUACCUUGUUUUAUAACAACUUUCAUGAGAAUACCCGCAUGCAGAGACUUUUUGAAAAUUCAGUUUCUCCAGGAGAGGAACCACAAACCGAAUCAUUGUGGAAGAUUAAAAAUUCUUAAAUAAAACUUGGAGUGAAAAACCUAA